UAAAAAUAACAGUGUGGAGCCGUUUUCGCCUCAGUCACGCGACGAUGCCGAUGAAGCUCGCAAGUGUCGAGCGCGAGUACGAGAAACGCGAGCGGCUGAAACGCGAAGAUGUGCGUUACCUGCAGGAGUGGCUCGAGAAGCAGCCGCACAUACCGGAAAUGCUAGAGCUGGAGAUCAUACUGGUACUGCACGCUUGCAAGUACAGCGUCGAGGUGACGAAGAUUACCAUUGACAAUUACUACACAAUGAGAGCGUUCAGCCCGGAAAUUUUUGGAGGUCGCGAUCCAGUGAGCGCGAAAAAUGUUCUAAACAACUACUACGCUGCGCCACUACCAAAAGCAGCGAAGGACGGCUCAAAGGUCAUAUUUUCUAAAAUCAGAAAUACAAGUGCGGACACGUACGCCUUGGAAGACUACCUGAAGUACAUGGAUAUGGUUAUCAGAAUAAUAUUGUACGAAGAGGGGACGUUAGAGGGCAUAAUUGUAGUGUACGACGCAACAGGUUUCGGUCUGUCUCACUUGGCCAAAGUAUCACUGGUGGUCGUGAAGAAAUUCCUCAUCUUCCUACAGGAGGCGCUACCGGUGGAACUAAGGCAGCUGCACUUCUUCAACUGCGGGGUCGCGAUGGAGAAGCUCUUCGCGUUAAUGAAACCCUUCAUAAAGAAAGAUCUGCUCGAUGUGAUACACCUCCACAGCGGCGCCGUCGCGACUUUCCUGGCAAAGGAAGACAUGCCGGAGGAGUACGGAGGAUCGGAAGAGUCCCUCGCCGCUUUGCACGAGAAAAUGUCCCAGAAGGUCUUGAGCAAUAUGGACUUUAUAGUAAUGGACGAGAAGAAAGUGUCGGAUGAGUCCAAGCGCUUGCAGAAGUCGACGAGGGUAAACGACUUAUUUGGCAUCGAAGGUUCCUUUAAAAAGUUAGAUAUAGAUUAAGGUUUGUGUUGUUACCAAGGGAAGAAGUUAUUUUUUAAUUAUUAUUAUCGAAUGUUUAUUGUUUUGGGAAGAUAAAAAGGUUGUACGAUAAA